CGCGCCUUCGUAGGCGUUGGUUGGUUGAGUCGUCAGAGGGAGGAACGGAGUUAGUGCUGUGAACGUAUUUCUCCUUUAAAUAUUUAUUUAUUUUUUGGAAACUUAAAGAAAAAGAUCCAGUUUUUACAUAUCCUUGGCUACGUUUCUGCAGAAACAGGUAGAGAUGCCAGUAGUGCGGUUUCAGGCUGGAGACACUGUGAUGGGCCGCUGGCCCGGCAGUAACCUUUACUAUGAGGUCAAAGUGCUGAGUUACUCUGACAAGUCUCAGCUCUAUACAGUCAUCUACAAAGAUGGCACAGAACUGGAGCUGAAGGAUGCAGAUAUCAAGAGUAUGACCGGAUUCAAGCAGGGCGUUGGCCGCUCUCGGUCCCGCUCUCGCUCCCGUUCUCCGGCACGUUCUCGCCGAAGUCGCUCACGCUCUCCGGCAAGAACAUCUCGUCGCUCUACAUCCCACACCACUGAGACACGCAGAGACAAACUUAAAGAUAUGCUGGAGGUGCGCCUCACACCUGUGACAAUGCCACUGGUGAACAAUAGCAACAAUGAGCAUGAAAAAGAGAAGAAUGACACGACUAACAAAGUUGUUGAGGUAAAAGAGGAAACUGACAACCAGGUAAGUGGCCGCUACAAUCUUCGUCGCCGGAAGGACCAGGGUGAAGAGCAACUAAUAGAGGAGAAGAAGACGGAGCCAGUUGUGCUACUGGCCACACCAAAGCAGACCAGCAAGACUACCGAACUGGAGUUUGGAGGAAGGAUUGGUGUGUUCUUUUUGCUGCUGUUGCUUCCUGUGGUGGUACUGGCACUGCUUAUUCUCUGUGGCCAGAAGGAUUCUAGUCUCCUCAGCUUUCCUCGCAUGUUUCCUCCACUUGACUCUCUUUGGGACUGGCAGGUUUUUGGCAUCACACUCCUUUGGCUGCUCUUCCAGGCUGUCCUCUCCCUGCUCCCUGUUGGCAAGGUUGUUGAUGGAAUGCCUCUGAAGAAUGGAAAAACACUGAAGUACAGGAUUAAUGGGUUUUACGCUCUCCUCAUCAGUGGUGUAGCAGUAGGUGCUGGCAUAUAUAAUGGGGUGGACCUCGGCUACAUCCACGCUCAUUUCCUCCAGUUCUACACCUCGGCCCUGCUCGUCUCCGUCCUCCUCAGUAUCUACCUGUUUGUCCGUUCCCGUUGGGCCUCUGAUGAUGAGCUUGCUCCAACUGGAAAUUCUGGUUAUGUGAUAUAUGAUUUCUUCAUGGGACGUGAGCUGAAUCCACGAAUCAAAGGUUUUGAUAUCAAAUUCUUUUGUGAAAUGCGUCCAGGAUUUAUUGGUUGGCUCGUGUUUAACUUUGCAAUGUUACAAGCUGAGAUGAAACUUCAGAAUCUUGACACUCCUUCCUACGCCAUGCUGCUUGUGAAUGGCUUCCAGAUGCUGUGGGUUGUUCAUGGCCUUUGGCAUGAGGAGAAACUUCUAUCCAUGAUGGAUAUAGUGCAUGAUGGCUUUGGGUUCAUGCUGGCUUUUGGAGAUCUGGCCUGGGUUCCCUUUACUUUCACUUGUCAGUCAUACUACCUUGCCAGUCACCCCAGUGACCUGUGUGUGUUUUGGAUUAUUGCCAUCAUCUUAUUGAACGCAAUUGGCUACUACAUAUUCCGGAAAGCCAACUCUCAGAAAUUUGCUUUCAGAAGAAAUCCAAGCGAUCCUACCCUGUCUCAUCUGAGAACGAUUCCAACUGCAACUGGAAAGAGCCUCAUUGCAUCUGGUCUGUGGGGUUUUGUCCGUCAUCCGAAUUACCUCGGUGACCUCCUCAUGGCUUUGGCUUGGUCCCUAACAUGUGGUUUUAACCACAUCAUUCCUUAUUUUUAUCUGAUUUACUUGAUCAUCCUGCUGGUGCAUCGGGAAGCACGAGACGAGCAUCAGUGUAGGAAGAAGUAUGGCUUGGCGUGGGAGCAGUAUUGCAAAGCCGUGCCUUACCGCAUCUUCCCCUGGGUGUAUUGAGAACACACACUCGCAUAUUUGGGGCAUCCAAAAUUUCCUGUGGAGCAUCUGAAUGAAAUUAAAAUUUUUAAAGUAACUGAGGGUAUCACCGAGCAAAUGGCAGCUAUUUGGAUCAGAAAACAAAACAUUGUUUUAAUUCGAAUUAUUUGUAAAAUAUUUCAAUCUUGCCCCAGUUAUAAGCUCUGCUAUGUAUAUUAAUGUACAUACACAUUUUCUACUCAAGCGAUUUCUGCCAUAACGUUCUAUAACCUUCUCCCACAUGUUUUGCCUCUUACUCCUCAACGUAUUCUGCAUUACGUUACAUUCAUUAAUGCUUAUGUAUAUUAUGUUUUUUUUCUUUACAUUUUUUUCUGUAUAGUAAGAACAGUUAUGUCUCAGGACCAGUGCUUUUAUGAGAAGAAAAUUGGAAAAAAUAUCUUUUUUUGUGUGUUGGGUCUUAAUUUUUAUAUAUAAUUUAAGGCAAAUUGUUCUGAAAUGAAUUUUACAUGCUCUGUGGUAAAGAUAUUUACAUUAACCAAAAUAUGAAGUUGCCUAUUGCUUAUUUUAUUUUGAAUUUUCUUCUCAGACAGUAAAUAGAGGGGUUUUUUGUUUGUUUGUUUUGGGGUUUUAUUAUGUAAUGUAUACGAUGCACAUCACCACAUAGGACAUUUGUGAUUUUUUUUUUUUGACUGAAAUCUACCUUUUAUCUAUCUUUCUUAAUGUAAGAAGAAACAUGAAUUUGAUCAGUGUAUCCAGGUCUCCAGUGUCUUGGUGAUAAUUUUGGUGAAUUAGGCUGAUGAGAUGUAAAUAAACUGCUAAGAUCAUUUUAUGUAAUUUAUAAAGUCUUGGCAACCGAUCUUUGAAAUUGAAGAAAUAAUUUGCACAGAAAGAAGUGUUUAUUAGAUAACCUUUUAGUUACUUCUUAAAACGGGUUGAUCAAAAGACUGGAAGCUUCUGUCCUGUGUCCCCUCCAGAUCAGUAUUUCUGAACUGGGCAGAUUAUCCAGCAUGUCCACUGCAGUACUGGUCAUUUCUGAACCUUUCAUGUUUUUCUGGUGUUUAACGUUUUGUUUGCUUUGUAUUGUACCCAAUUUAUUGCUGUUGAUAGUUUAGUUUCAGGAACACUGAAUUUCUUCAGCACCAGUCGUCUUUUUGGUCAGUCAGUAAGUAAUGGCUGUGAGACGACUGCAGAAUAACACGAUAGGAAUUGUGACAUGUUUUGUUUGGAACUCAUUGUGUAACUCAAGAAUGCCCCGGGGGUUGUUUAUAGACAAAAGGGAAAAAAAGAACAAAUGCCUUGCUUUGUAUGUUUUGCCAAAAAUAAAGUAUUUUGUGUAGCA